AUGUUUAGAAAGAGCAGAAACAUUCAGUAUAUUCUAAGUAUUGUUCCAGGGAAACGACGCUUCGGAGUUUACCGAUUUUUGCCCAUCUUCUUCUGCAUCGGCGGUGUCAUGGAGUGGGUCAUGAUAAACGUACGAAUAGGACGAGAGACAUUUUAUGAUGUCUACAGGAGAAAGCGCUCUGAGAGGGAAUACCAACAGAAAAUUGAGGAUGGGAUAAUCGUACUUCCUGAAUCAGAACCAAAAUAAACAUUUUUCACUACUGCAAA